AUGGCUGUGCCUCAGAAAAUUGAGAAAAUCAAGGACUUUCUGCUUACUACUCAGCAGAAGGAUGCUAAAUCUGUCAAGAUCAAGAAAAACAAGGAUAAUGUGAAGUUUAAAGUUCGAUGCAGCAGGUACCUGUAUAACUUGGUCAUCACAGAUAAAAAGAAGGCUCAGAAAUUGAAGCAGUCCCUGCCCCCAGGUCUGGUGGUGAAGCAACUGAAAUGA